GAUACUCGAUAUAUUUUUCAAUCCCCUGAAGACUCGGAUGAUCCGUUCUUGUGAUUAUUUGUAAUCAUUAAGCAGGGCUUUCAUACAUCAGCUGAGACUCAGACCAGCAAAUGUCAAUAUUCCUGGGUAUGGCACGCAGCUAAUGAUACCCACGGAGCAGGAAUGAAUCGGCCAUCCAGGAAUUACGACCGACCCCAAAUAAUGGCGUUUCUUCACGAAACGGCGCCAGUGAACGCUAUCUCCCGUUACCCAUGUUCUUAUACAGAAUUAACGUCUUCAAAAUCAUUCUAGUCAUACCGGUCAUAUGCCAUAAUUAAGAAUUGUUUUAUAUAUUUUAAUAUAAUUUUACGACUAACACUAUACCCCAGUCAUUGUUAGAAUAAUCAAAAUUUAUUUUUAAAAUAGAUUGACAGGGCAAACACAUCUUUUUACUAAAUUUAAAACAAAAUUAUCGCAAUAAUUUUAGUAAUGUUCAAAACGCAUAAAGGAAUGCGUUUCCGUAUAAAACGCACCCUGUCUGUACAAUAUAUACAAUUCUCGCUGGCUAUUUCUAGUUGAUUACGCAAACUGCAUAUACUGAUUAGUGUAAAAUAAUCAAAAUCGCAUUAGCUUCCCGAGACAUAUCCCUGUGCAACUAGAAACUGACCUAGUUUGAUUGAGAUUCAGGAAGAACUAUAUAACAAAAUCCCCAAACUCAAUUUAAAUAAUUCAAAUAUCAUAAAUUUAUAUGAAACUUUCACAAUCAUAUGAUAGUUUCUUUUUUUUUUCUUUUUCAUAAUAUACGUAUAUUGAUAUCAAUGAAUUUAGUGCGAGAUUCCACAUCAUUUAAAGGCUUUUGUAUAUAACUGAAUGAAUACAUAACAAGUAUUUUUCAAAAAAUUAUCUGAUAGGUACGUGGAAAAUGCUGGUAUAAUUCUUCUACUCACAGUCUGAGAAGUUUGCAUUUUGUUUUUAUUUCUAGAACUCUAUCAAGACAAAAUAAAGUUGCCAAAGCAUCCGAGAAGCUAAAAGCAAAAUCUCGAUGUUUUACAAACAUUUCCAGCACUCUUGUUUCAGCGGCGUCGAUGGGAAUUAAAAAGAAAAGACAUUGGUACAAUGCACAUAAUUUGGUCAUCUAAAUUAUUUCAAGAGAAACUCCCCCAAUUUGUUCAAUUUUAAAAGAAGAAUUUUUAUUAAAUGGAAGACAGCUCAUAUUGUUAGUAGGUACAAAAAGGCAGAGAGAGACGAUGAUGGGGAGUACGGUAGUUUUAUCAGAACCCCGCUAGGAUUAUUUGCCCGUUGAACGAUGCAUGGCUAAUAUCCAAUGCUCCACGCUGCGGGUGUCUCUGGAUAAUCAUCCGCUUGAUGAACAGAUAGAGGGGGCGGGGCUAAGCGAAAACCAACAAAUGCCUAACAGCCGAUCUUAAUGAGAUGGGCGGUGAUAUUCAGGUAAAAAUCUGCAUGAGGUAUUCUCUGCGCUGCGAUUGGUGCAGAAUUAAUGACAAGUUGAUUUUUCAAUUACCAACAAAUUGAUAGUCAGCUACGAGACAUUUGUAUACGAAUGACGCAGCGCCGGUAAGACUGGUAUAUCAACGCCAUCCAAGCAUACAGCGUGGCUAAUAAAUACAAAAAAACAUUUUCACAAUCAUAACACAGAGACAAUAAAGAGAGCGGUUCAUCUUUCUCCGUGUCGCUAAGCAUGCAACUGGAAAAGUGAAAGUAACGUGACUCGCACGUUUUGUUGCUGUCCAUCUGUCGCAAGGAGGAAUAACACAUGAGAAGUAAUUAGUUUAAUGAAUUGACAAGUGAUUCUAGUGAAAAAUAUUUCUUUGGAUUUUUGUGUGAAAAUUUCCUAAGAGAAAAAAAAAAUACGAGCAUGCUUCUGGAAGGGAGCUCGCCGGACAUGCUUGCGGCUCAGUCCAAAAUUUUAUUUCAAUUAAACAAGUACUAUAACGAACGGGUACAAACCCGCCAAGGGAACACUAUAAAGACUAUACGUGAGGUGUGUAAAGUAGUGCAGGAUGUCCUAAAAGAAGUCGAGGUCCAGGAACCCAGAUUUAUUAGCUCUCUUAACGAAGUGAAUGGACGCUUCGAGGGUUUAGAAACAGUGUCUCCAACGGAAUUCGAGGUAGUGUUGUACCUUAACCAAAUGGGAGUUUUCAACUUCGUGGACGAUGGCUCUAUUCCGGGUUGUGCUGUUCUUAAACUCAGUGACGGUCGGAAAAGGUCAAUGUCAUUAUGGGUGGAAUUCAUCACGGCGUCUGGGUAUCUUUCCGCCAGGAAAAUCAGGUCACGAUUCCAGACCCUGGUGGCACAGGCCGUGGACAAAUGUAGUUACAGAGACACUGUCAAAAUGGUAGCAGACACCACAGAGGUGAAGCUCCGAAUCAAAGAGAGGUUCGUGGUUCAAAUUGUUCCGGCUUUCCGGUGCGCAGGAAUCUGGUGUCGCUCUGCGGCCCAUUGGCCAGUGCCACACGUCCAGUGGCCAAACCCAAACCUGGUGGCUGAAGUUAAAACUGAAGGAUUCGAUCUACUAUCCAGAGAAAGUAUAUACAUGAAGGACAAGCAGAGUGCUGCUGAAGGCGAUGCCUGGGUGAUGACGUUUAAGUACGCCGAGGACCGGUUAUUGUACGGCGGGUGUCGACGCCGGUGUCUGAGUAUUCUUAAGACACUGCGGGAGCGUCAUCUGGACCUUCCGGGAAACCCAAUCACAAACUAUCACUUCAAAACCCUUCUCUUGUACGAGUGCGAGAAACAUCCCCGAGAAAUGGAGUGGGAUGAUACAUCUCUAGGAGACCGACUUAACGGAAUUCUUCUUCAGACCAUUUCCUGUCUACAAAAUCGCCGGUGUCCGCACUAUUUCUUGCCUAAUGUGGACUUAUUUAAGGGCAAAGCCCCGUCUUCUAUGGACAAUGCUGCCAAACAAGUGUGGAGAAUUCUACGCGAACUUUUAACAAACCCCAAGAGUUUGGAGAAACUGUGACCUAGAUAUUUCGUGUUUGUUGUGAUGUUCAGUUGUUUUUGUGUCAAUUAAAAUAUUUACCAAUAGUC